GCACGAUCCACAUGGCCGCGCUGCCGCUGAACCGGCACCUCGUGCACACGUCGACGUGGAGCAACCCGAAGAGCCGUGCAUGGGACCUCGUCGACGCGCAUCCGCUCAACCAGCAAGUCGACGUCUUCCUGCCGUCGGCGACGCCCGGCAGCGUCGGGCCGCUCGCCCGCGAAGGCUCCUUCUUCUACGCGAUGCGCGUGUCGCCGCUGGCCUUGCUGCAGGAAUGCUUGGCCAAGCCCGAGCUGCGUUACUACGCGACGCUCAAGAACGCACCCAUCGACGGCGCCAACACGCUCGGCCUCUUUCCCAGUGGCCACCUCGUGCUCGUGCUGGACCACGCGACGUACACGCAGUUUGGCCUUAUCGGCGAGAAGGUGGCGACGGCGUCGGGCGAAGCGCUGCACGGCCGGCGGUACCGCGUCGUGAUCGAGCUCCAUGCGAAAAACAUGGUCGACGCCGCGUCGGCCUUCCGCGCGCGUGUCCUCGCCUGCGUCGCGCGCUUCCCGCCGCUCGAUCUGCUGCUUUGCGCGAUCAACAGCCGCGGCAGCUUCCAGACGAUCGCCAUCACGGACGCCAACGUCGACGACGACGAGAGCGUCCGCAAACGCAUUGAAGUGACGAGCCAGGUGCAGGCCUUUGCAGACAUCGCGCUGCCGGCACAUGUCUCGUCGACGACCGAUCGCGAUGAGAUAGCUGCGGUGUACGAGUGGCUCGGGUUGGUGGCCUGCCGCCUCUUGUCGCCGCUUCCGGACGAGUACCUCUCCAGCUACGCGUCGCCGAUCGCGGAAACGACACCGGGCCGCGCCGUGAGUCUCCGGUGGCGUGGUCUUAUUCCCGACACGCUCGUGCACACGGCCGUCGAGUAUGCCAAGAAGCAAGUGGCCGACGGCAGCGCCCCGUUCGCGGCCGUGAGUGUCUGGGGCUUUCCAGACAGCGUCGCGUCGUGGUGGCAAAAAGGCCAUCGGCGGGACCACGGGUUCCAGUUGGAAGGCGCGAAUGGCUACACGAUUCUGUGCCUCCCGCACGACACCUACUGCAUUAUCCAGUCGCUCGGGGCGCAGGACAGAACCGUGUAAGCACGAGCUACUACCAUAAAGACGAAGAAGAUGAAGACGAAAAUUAGAUGCCA